UAUAUAAAUUGAACAGGUCAAUAAUAUCCACCGUGGAUAUUACACUCACCGCCACCUGCCACCUGCCACCGUCUCUCGCCGGAAACUCACCGCCAUUUCUUUUCCACACUUCACAUCCUCUUCUUCAUCCAAUCCAAUCAAUCACACCAAAACACACACACACACAUAAUUAUAUAAUUUCAUUCACACAUACUCACACACGCAUUCGGUUAAGUAGAAAACCGUUGAUUAUCAACCAAUCGAUCUGUACAAUAUGGGAGACUCCACCGCCGCAGACGGCGGCGACAACCGGUUACCGGAGAGAAACGCUGGUGAAGAAGUAUGCAGGCUUGUGGAACAAAGUAAGGAGUUGCAGGAAUCAGCAUCGGCGUUAAUUUCUAGAAAUUCGCAGGAGGAUGCGUCGUUACGACAACGAGCCCUAGCUCUCGAUUCGAAUAUCAAAAUGCUCCGAUCGUUCAUUGAUUCGUCUGUUAAGAAAGGCAAUUUAGAUUCCAAACGUGCAGAGAAACUGUCUGAAGAGCUAAGUAGAGCUAGUUAUGCAUUGAGUGAAGGAGAUGCUGCUACCUUUCUUCCCUGCAAAUCACAUGGAAGGUUCUUGAGGAUGUUUCUUGGUCCCAUAAACGUUCGUGCUAACCGGAAGGACAUUCAGUUGAAAGUGAAAGAGGAAUACUAUAGUUUCAGGGAUAGAACCGCAUAUCUGUUUUUGUUUUUCCCAUCGUUACUACUGGUGCUUAGAUCACAACUUUGGGGUGGAUGUUUUCCUGCAUUACCUGUACAGAUAUACCAGGCAUGGUUGCUCUUUCUAUACACAGCAUUAGCUUUAAGGGAGAAUAUUUUGCGAGUUAAUGGUAGCGAUAUACGUCCAUGGUGGAUAUACCAUCACUACUGUGCUAUGGGUAUGGCACUCAUCAGUCUCACAUGGGAGAUCGAAAAGCAACCUGACUGUGCCCUGAAGCAGAAAGGUAUUCAAUUGUUCUUGAGAUGGGCAAUCAUGCAAGGAGUGGCAAUGCUUUUACAAAACAGAUAUCAACGGCAAAGACUCUAUACGCGCAUCGCACUCGGAAAGGCUAGAAGAAUGGAUGUUGUGUGGGGUGAAACAGCUGGAGUCAAAGGUCAACUAUGGUUGUUGUUGCCGAUACUUUUCGUCUUGCAGGCUUUUGAAGCAUACGUGGGCGUGUUAUUGCUACAAACUGCAGUGGUUGGUGUUGUUUCUGAGUGGCAGGUGGUUGCUUGUGGACUACUUUUGAUAGUUAUGGCGGUUGGGAAUUUCGCAAACACAGUGCAGACUCUUGUUUUGAAAUCACGGUUCAAAGCGAAGAUGAAAAGAGGUAAAAGUAAGAGCGACUUAAGUCGGGUAUCAAAGGAUCAAUGAUUCCUAGAGUCAUGAGAACAAUGAAGAUGUAAAACAUACAUUGAUACUUUAAACAACUUUCUUACCCGUCUGAUUCUGUUUUAUAUUUGUGAGUUUGGAUUUCAUAAACAGUUAGCUUAGUGCCAGUUUUGUUUCACUUGUACUCAAAUUAAUAAUACAUCCUUUUGUUUUUGUUUU